AUGAUGGUUUUGCCGAUGGUACAAAGGGAUCCGACGCCUAGUGUACCAGUAACCGACGAGAACUUUCUAUGUAUCGGCAUUGCUCAGAGACAAGCAGUCCAGAACCGUGAAGUACCAGCGCCAAGGCAUAAAUUGGUGCGUGCAGCGCCAGCACCGACUCCACCACUGAUGCAACUUGUGCCAGUACAUGUGGAAUUAAAAUGUAAUGAAACUUGGAUACCUGGUAAACUAAUGCUGAAUGAGUCGUUAAACUUGGAACUAAAAUGUAACAAGGUGCUGUUACCGAUUUCUACAGCGCUACGUACAAUAGCAAUAAAUGUUCAGUUGAAGUGUAAUCAAGUAAUAAUACACGAUGCUGUAGUAAAAAAUGAAGACCCGAUAUGUGUCAAAUUAAAAUGUAAUAAACAAAGAGUACCCAUUACACAGACUCGGUCUGAAGCACCCGUACGUAUCGAAGUUACACUUAAUAAAGUUCCUGUACACGAUGCAUUAGUAUGUUAUGAGAAAUCGUUAUUCGUUGAACUGAUAUGUAAAAAAGUAACAGGUCCAAUGUUAUACAAGGGAGAAGAAAGGAUGAUCUGUGUUGAACUAAUGUGUGAUAAAGUAAUGGUGUGUAACGCCAAAGCUCACCAUAACACACCUCUACAUAUUGAACUAAAGCGGGCUGAUAUACCUUUGCUUGGCGGACUGAAACAAACUAAAACACAACCACAAUCUGAUGACGCAGUGAAAGAUAGUGACAAACCAUCAGAAAACAAACUUGUCGCUAUCGACUUGUCUUUACGUGGUAAACAAAGUGUGUUUGAAAUUGACCCCUCAGACAGUAAACUGAUACAGAAUGUCCAUAAACAUACACAAACAGGUACUGAAAAUUUACCACAUUUAUCAAAAAUCAUUACAUCACCGCAAAUAGCAGCAGUCAAUGUAUUGAGUAAUGACGCUAGAAAUCCAGGUGUAAUUUCAUCUGCGCCAUUAUUUGAAUCAUUAACAUGUAAUACGACUGUAAUUAAAUCAACUAAAUUUAACAUAUCUGACAAUGGUUAUCAAGAAAAAGACGAAUUUAUAAAUCAAGGUCAAACUAAGAAAAGAAAUCAAAUUGUUGAGAACUACGAAUCGUCUUCAAAAAAACUUGUGAAUCCUUCAGUUUCUUCUUUAGAAAAAGAUAAUUUAGUCAAAUCUAACACUGAUAUCGAGUUGCCAGAUUAUUCCGGGGAUGAAGACGACGCACCAUCUAAUAAUAUGAUGCGGCAACCUUCAACAUUAACUUUUGAGAUUGCCGAAAAACAAAAAUUGAAACUCCAACAAGCUUUGGACCCGACAGAAACGGAUAAAAACUUACUGCCUUGCAAAGAAACUUUUCAGACCUCUUCUGUAAGUUCUAAAACACAGACUGCUACAGCAAUAGUUUCUGACUUAAGACUAUCACAUAAUAUUAUAACAUCACCUAGAAUAUCAAAGCAAUGUGCUAUGACCCCGAGACACGCAAAGCCGAAAAUACUGGGUGGGCAUGUCCCAAUCAAGGAUUUACAAAAAGUUAACCCAACUUUAAAAUCUGAUAUAGUUCCUUGCGAUCCACGUCUUCAAAAACGGAAUUCUCAAUCGUUCUAUUCAAAAAAUAGAAUCAAUAAUGAAGAUAUCUCUGAGAAAAGAUUACUCUACAGAUCAGCAUGCGCAAGAGACAAUCCACAGAAUGAAUACCGUGAAUACUCCUCCACCAGAAAAUCCGCCUCGGACUCAUUUAAUUCGCAGAAAAAACUUACGCCCUUAAUAUUUCACGGAUUUGAAGAAGAUAGCUCUUACAGAAGGAAUCCCAGAAAGACUAAUACAUCUCCUGGAACGAGGCGAUUACCUUACAUCGAAAUAUGGGGAGAAUAUCCCGCAACAAAGACUAAACAAAAACUUUCACAAGAAUUGAAUUUUACUAAAGAGAAACCAGAUUUGGAAUCAUCUCAAAAGUUAAACCGCACUAUAGACUUAGACAUGCCUACAAUUGAGGAUUCUCCUCCUCCACCCAGGGAAUUACUAGGAUAUACUUCUCACGUAGAACCUGGACAAGUGUUAUGUCCAAGCGUCCAAGCGAAAGACAGUCCAUUUUUGACAGAACCUUUGAAAACAACUCCAAAUUCUAUUUCCGAUAUGCGCCCAAUAGUACAAGAAAACUCUUCACAACAAUAUGUUUUACCCGUCGAUAAAGAUUUUGACUCUACCGAACUGAAAAUAAAUGCCCUACAACGCAAUUCAGACGGAAUAAGAAAAAGUUUAAAAUACAAAAUACCAUCAUCACGUCCAGGCAAAAACAGUUUAAUAAACUGUCCUAAGAUAGAACAUAAUCGGGAAACUUGCGAGUCAGAAAGUUUGGAUAUAUUGCAGAAAGAUCCUUUUACGGAUACAGAUUUUUAUUUAGAUCCUGUUAGGUUGAUACCUCGAGCGUUACCUGAUGACCUUAAAGCUGAAUAUACAUUGAUCAAACAAAAAGGGGCAUAUAUCUGCCGCAAAAUAUAUUCGUCCACUAAACAAAACGUUGAGCAGUCAAAACUUCAAGAAAUACCUGUGAUACCAGAAACAAAUCUGCUUGAACCAUUGUUACCUUUAAAAAGAUACACAAAAGAUGCCGCUAAAAAUUUAGAUCAACCUUGUGUACAAUUUAAAAACAUAGUACAAAGACGUAAUUCUCAAUAUCUUUAUGAGCCGGACCCUAAAGAAUUAUCAGAAUCGCCUCUUAAAGACAGGCUUAAAGAAAAGUGGCUUAAAAACUUUAUCUCGAAAUCGAGCCGCCGUCGGCGACACAAGUCAGUUCCAGACACUUCGAACCCUGUUACGUCAGAACUACUAUCACCCAUUUCUGCUUCUAGAGAUACUUUAGACGAUUAUAACGUAGCACCGGUGCGUCAGCCGCUGAAAAUACAUGAAAAGUCAAACUCUCAGAUUAGAAUAUAUCCCUGGAGUGGCGGUAAAAUUAAAAAAAAUAUUUUAGAAAAUAAAAUUUCGCUAACAACCGAAAAUAAUAAUGAAGUAAGUGUGACUUCGUUAAGUCAACAGCUAACGAAGGAAGCACCUAAAACUGUUAAAAACAACAAUAAGGAAAUGUCUCUCACUUCAGAAAAUCCACAACCUCUUCAAAUUUGUCAAAAACGUCAUUCUAAAGUCCGUAAAACUUGCAAACUUAAUUCUCAAAUAAAAGACGUGUCUGCUAUUACUUCGGGUUCCGUUGUACAACAAGAUAAUUUUGCUUCAACCGCCCAAGAAGAUUGCUUUAAACCAGAAUCAGCAACUUCCACACCUGAAAAAGAAUUGGUCGAAAUGAAAAUUAGAAAAAUUAAUACCGCUACUACUGAUAUAAAAAAAGGGAGGCGUCUUCUGAGACAGAAUUCUCAAGGCCAAAUAGAAAAAAAUAGCUGUACAAAGGCUGAAUCAAUUAGUCCAAUUUUUACACAUUCUCAAACUUUACUUAAUACACGGGAAGAACAUCAGAUUAUGGAUUUAGUACCGGAAGAACAUCAACCUAAUGAUAUACAUGACAUAUCUGAUCUAAAUCCCCCUCUUUUUGCAUAUUCUGUACCAUCGUGUUCUUCUCCUGCGUCUCAUAUAAAAGAAAAUACAGAGGAUCUUUCACCCACAAAGACUGUUGAACACUCAGCAAAUAGAGCAUGCCGUAGUUCUCAAGUGCGUGCUACCAGAAAGGAAUUAGAAAGUGUGAUAUCGGACACUCCUGAUCACCUUCUCAAACUUGAGCCCUUAGAUGUAACUACUAAAGUAUCAAAUAAAAAAUAUUUUACAUCUGGGGAUCGAACCUUGAGUGAAAUUAAUGAAAAACGAGAAUCUUCGAAAUCUCAUGAUGAACAUUUUGUAUCGAAAAAUAAUAACGGGUCACUAACACCUAAAUCUGAUUAUAUUGAAGAAAAUUGUGAAAAAUACACAAAUUCUGAAUUAGUAAAAGAUCUCCCGUCCCUUGUCAACAAAGAUUUUCUGAUCUGUCUGUCAUCGAAAAAAAGACGGUCACCUGCUCUUACUCCAUCUUCAAAUAAUAGCCAAGAAACGUCGUUGCAUAUUUCGCAAACGAAUAAAAUAAAUAAAAAUGUCGAUUUAUUAGCGGAGCUUAAUAGUGAAUCCUCUAAGCAAAACUCUCACGUUGUUAUUUUAGAAGAAAUCAUUAUUAAAAGACCAAAAAGUGAGUCAUCCAAUGAGGAUAAUUGCGUGAAUGACAAUUGUAUCCCUACUUUUAGCGUAAUGCCUAACCUAUUGCAAAAAAUUCCUGACGACAUACCCACAGAUUUUACUCAAAAACCGGUUAUCAAAUCAAACUCUAACAGACCAGAAGAUGCUACGACUGUUAAAAAUGAACAAGGUGCGACCGCAAUUGAAAAUUUCAUGGAUAACGUUAAAAGUGCUGACAUGCAAACGUCAAAUGAAAGUGUGCAAGUGGAACCUACAAAAGAAUAUGCGGACCAUCUUAUGAACAUACCGCUACCAGAAAUGGCGCCGCCGGUCUGUGACGUACCACUCCAUGCUAUUCCCCUACCUAGUGAUGACGCGAAAUGCAGCGAAGCUGUAAACCGUGAACAUGUAUCACCAAUAUGUAAAAUGUCACCGGUGUUUGACGUCGACGACAAAAAAGGCGCAUGUCAACAAAAGAACACAGAGACUUUGCACAACUUCAUCUAUAAGGUGGAUGCGCUUAUCGUCGCAGCAUCGAUACUCCCCAGCAACACAACGUUCCUACGUAUAGACAAAAGUCACAUACCGUUGGUAAUGUUAAAAGAGUUCCUCGUUCUGAGCGACGCGUAUAUCUCCUGCCUUCAAACUAGUUACUAUACACUUGCACCACACGAUAACGUUGUGGAAGUUUUGAUGGAUUAUGACGAUGACGACGACGACAAUGAUAAGGCUAGCAUUGAUUUGAAUUUCACCAAAAGUGACAUUGAUAUUCCUGUCAGUAGCAAUAAUAAUCUUGUUGGAGACAAAAAUUCUGCUGUAAAUGACAACAAUAGUAUCGCAAGGGGCAAUGAUGCUCGAGCUACGGAGAAACACCUGAUAUCGAGUGGAGAUACACGAGAUAGAGGAGACACACCAGAUAAGGGAGAUAUACGAGAUAGAGGAGAUACACCAGAUAAAGGAGAUACGAGACAAAGAGGAGAUAUACCAGAUAAGGGAGAUACACCAGUUGACAAUGUGUCAGCUACAAUAUACAACACCCACAAGAUAUUAUCUGUGGUGGUAGCUCCGGAAUGCUUCAUUGAUCUGGGGGAGAGUGACGCUCUGAUGUGGGUGUUCGCGGCCAGCCCGGGCCGCACCUUCCCCUUGCGGCGUCGCGUGGACGAGGACAAACUGGUGGUAGACAGCUGCGUCGACAAAGUCGUGUUGCUGGAAUUGGCAGCACAAGUAAACGCGCAUUGUGCAGCAGACUCUAGGCGCCGAGUCGUCGUCGGCACCGUAACCGAAUGA